UCGCUGUCAGUUUGCGAAGUAUCGUAGCGAGAGCAGGAGUGUACCGGAGUUUGUCUACAUGACAUGAAUUUGUCCUUGUAAUUAAUUGUUUUAUCACUUGACAACUUCAGAGGAUAUUCAAGUAUACUAAGUCGACGGUGUUAAAUUGGAAGUCGAACUUUACGACAACUGUAUCUGGAGGUAUUCGCCACAACAUGACUGGAUCUCUUCAGUGACUUACUUCAGUUUGAGUUGUCACUCUCUGGACUGUUGAUGACGGUUUGUAAAGCACCGCCUGCGUUCGGUAGUUUUAGUAGCUUGUUCCCAACUUCUCAGGUACCUGCAGCUUUCACUCGUGCGUUAAGAUGCCCCCACAGACUAUGAUGGACGCCAGCUCUGCUCCUUUGACGGAAAGUGACUUUAACCCUCCCGACCUCCAGUGUGUCAAAUGUGUUCUCGUGGGGGACGGGGCGAUUGGUAAAACCAGCCUCGUCGUCAGCUACACAACUAACGGAUACCCCACGGAAUACGUCCCCACAGCCUACGACAACUACACAGUUGUUGUGACCGUGGACAAAAAGCCCAUCAGGUUAAACCUGUGUGAUACAGCUGGCCAGGCUGAAAGCAUAGAUGACUUUGACAGUCUGCGGCCGCUGUGUUACCCCAACACAGACGUUUUUCUCCUGUGCUUCAGUGUCGUGUCUCCUACAUCCUUCCAUAACAUAAUGGAGAAAUGGGUGCCGGAAGUGAGGAAACAUUGCCCUAAGGCUCCUGUCAUCUUGGUGGGCACCCAGUGUGAUUUGCGUAAUGACGUUAAGGUACUCAUUGAGCUGGCCCGAUAUAAGGAACAACCAGUACCAGAGAGUGAUGCGAUUCGAUUGGCUGAGGAGAUUGGUGCCGUGCAUUACAUGGAAUGUUCCGCCCUCACACAAAAGAAUCUGAAGGAAGUCUUCGACAGUGCAAUUCUGUCAGCUCUGAAGAUUACCGGAAUCGUUUCUCGAAAACACAGCACCAGAAAGUCAAAGCGAAACAAGAACUACGAGACGAACACUCAAUCAAUUCAGAGUACAAGUGCCAAGAAGAAAGGAGGGUGGAAAAAAUUCUGUUGUUUCUUAGGAUGAAAACUUUGGAAUCAAGAUGGCUUCCAACGGACAGGCAGAUCAAGGGGGCUUCCAUCAAGGGUGUCGAUCUUUAAUACCAUCAUGCUUUCAGGGAAAUACUGUUUCCCCAACAAAACAUUCAUCUCAAAAUGCAAUAGGUGUGAUGGGGAACUGCAAUGGCUGUUGUCCUGAGCGACUAGAACAGCGGGUAACAUGUAACGAAAGAUGUGCGGACAUGAUGCAGAUGUGUUAUGAACAUGUUAUGAAAGUUAAAUUUGACUGACUGAGUGAGAACGUGACAAUUUGGUCACCGUAUGUACAGAACUUUGCUCAAUCGUGAGUUGAACUCACAUCCUCCUGCAUGACAACCUUGGAAACAUCUACAGGCCAUUCCGGAGGUGCCUGUUUCCAUGGAUACUAUUGCCAUGGCGUCAUGUAGGACAAGGACAAUUUUGUCUAAACCUGGUCGAUCUGUGAUAAUGUAGUUGUUAUGAUGUGACGCUGUCAAUGGCGAUGUUGUGACGUGCAAGUGCUGGAACAGAUGCCGUCUGAGAUGAACAGUUGUAUCCGUAGCAUGACAAACCUGUCUCUCCCAAAUCAGUGUUUUACCAACAGACCUAAUUCGUUUCAUUGUUUUAAUUUUUUCCUUUUUGUGGGCAGUAUCCAGAGCAGAUGUAGCUGCCUGUUACCAUGGUUACGUAUUUGAAUGUGUGUGCAAAUCAAAAGUUGUCUUCAAAUAUUUGGGAUGGUGAAAAGGGCUGUUGCCAAAAUGUCGUGGUUUUAACGAAAUUUGGAUUGAGGAUGAGACAACUUUCAAAUUAUUUUAGUUUUUAUUUUUCAUUUUUUGCUUCCUGCUCAAGAUUUGUUUGUUUGAUGUUUUGCUUUUUUUGGCUUAAUAAAAGUACCAGAGCUUGUUUCAUUUGGGAGAGAUGUGAUCUAUGCAAUGCUAGGUCGUUCUGUAGAUGCUGAACCUGUGAUGUUGGUAGAGGAAAUAUGCCCCUCUCACUAGAAUCUUUAAGUUAUUCUCAUUUUCAAUGUUCAUUUGUGCCUUGCUUUAUACUGAGUGUAUCUACACCCAACACAACCAGAAUAUCCCAAAUUGUUUUGAUUUCAAAUGAAGGAUCUUGAACAAUCUCAUUCUCAGUGUGGGUAAAUAUGAUUCAUUAUAUUUUCUGGAAAUUUUCAAGAUGAGUGGGAAUUGUGAGGCUUUGUUCUUCUGGACUGUAUUGUAUAUUUUGUUGGUUCGGGGCAAGUCGUCGCUUUAUUACCAAGAUCUGUUUAAGGUUCACAGGAAAGUCUUCCAAGGGCUCUCCAGGAGAGGGUCUGAUGAUAGCAUUAAAACAUUGUCUAUCUUUCAUAUGUAUUUUAGUCCUCGAAGAGGCACAGUGCACACCUGAAUUGAAAAUGUUGACUCACAUGAAUAUGUCAAUAAAUUUUUAUAUAUAAAUGA